AUGAAAUAACAAUGUGAAAAGGAUGAAUAGUUUGAUCUCAUUAUUGAUGAAAAACUAUCAUGUUAGGAAUAAUCCACAUCAACACAAUCUAAACAAAGCAAUGCUAAUCUUGCUAUGUUGCAAGACAAUUCUAAAAAUUUUAAAUUAAAAAGAACUCAAAAAAGCUUACUUUAACUCGAUCGCAUUCCUCCACAAAGAAGAGGUUCUCAAUCCUGUGUAGAGCCAAUUUCAAUCAUUCAAGAAGAGUGUCAAUAUUUUUGGAAACAAAAACUAUACAAUGUGUAUUGGUACGACGAAAAUAUCGAUAACAAAUAUGAAAUCAUCGUAUCAGCAACUCAAGACACUUUGAUCUCUGAUUUUAUUACGUUAGUUAUAAAAGAAUUCAACUUGUAACAUGAUUACAUUCAUUUCCCAUUUACACAAGAUGGAUCACUCCUCUAUGAAUUGUACAUCCCAAAAAAAAAAAAUGGAAAACCAAAUGAAGAUUUUCCAGCUAUUUCUGAAAAAACUUAAUUAGGCAAAACAAAUAUUACUUCAUUUGCUUUCAAAGUGACCAAAUUAGAGUCUCAUUAUGUUAGUUCAAUUGUCUAAUAAAGUGUUUAGUUAUCAACAACAAAGAUUAAAGACCAAAAUGUCGUGGAUGAGAAGUCCUUCUGGUAAAAACUAUUCUUUUGCUGUAAUUUUGAUAUUUGA